CUAUCUUGUGGUCAGAUUUGGUACUGCACCACAUUCACCUCAAUUAAUGUAAAAACCUUUAGAAUAACAUAAAAUAAGAUAAUUAAUAAGAUUUUUAGCCGUUUUUUUAACACAAUUCACAAAUCACACCCACGUGUGUACAUCCAACCUUUGUGUGUUUUUUUUACGUUCUUCUUCAUUUUAUUCGGUUUUUUAUAGUUUAUUGUGCUAUAUUUUCCUCUCUAUAUUCCAUUUUUUAUUUAAUAAUAUCUGCAGAUCCUCAAAUCGUUUCCAUUUUCAUGUUUUACAUAGGUGGUCUCUCUCCCUCUCUGCUCUCCCCCCUCCUCCUCCUCUUGUCUCCCCCUCUACUGUACUGCCAUGGCCGCAAUAGCUGCUGCCGGUGUGGAUGAUGCGGCGGCCGGUUCUGCUGCUGCUGCUGCUGCUGACUGCACCGAGAUGGAGGAGCGGCCGAAUGUUGAGAGGAUGGAGGCUGAUGUGGAGGCUUCCCUGCCGGCUGCACAGCAGGAUUCUGCCAUCAGGUGCAGAGAUGUUUGUCGCUCCUACGGCAAACUGAAGGUCCUCAGUAACCUGAACCUGACCGUACCGCAGGGAUACAUUUACGGUCUUUUAGGCCCCAGUGGAUGUGGGAAAACUACACUCCUGAAAUGCAUUGUGGGAACUCUGAAAAUCUCACGGGGUCACAUCACUGUGCUCGGGAAGCCGCCGGCAUUUCCUGGUCAUGACGUUCCGGGGAAGAUGAUCGGAUACAUGCCGCAGGAGCUGGCUUUGUACAACGAGUUCACCAUCAGCGACACUUUGACCUUCUUCGGUCGAAUCCACGGCCUGACGUCCAAAGAAACCCUGGCACGGAUGGAGUUCCUCAUCGACUUCCUAGAUCUACCUCAGAAGACCAGACUGGUCCGAAACCUCAGCGGGGGUCAGAGACGCAGGGUGUCUCUGGGAGCUGCUCUGCUCCAGAACCCAGAGCUGCUCAUCCUGGACGAGCCUACAGUGGGAGUGGACCCGGUGCUCAGGGCCAAGAUCUGGCAGCAUCUGGUGGAGAUUGUGAAAACAGGGAAGGUGUCAGUCAUCAUAACCACACACUACAUCGAGGAGGCCAGGCAGGCCAAUGUGGUCGGUCUCAUGCGGAAUGGACACUUGUUGGCUGAAGCUCCUCCAGAGGUAGUCAUGAAGCAGCACAGUGCUACAACCCUAGAGUACGCUUUCCUGCAACUCUGUGAGACCUCAGAUCAGGUCGACUCCAAAGUUGGAUCCAGUCCACAGGGAGCUGUGCUGGAAAACAGCCCGUCUUUUGGGAGCGGAAAAGACGAGAUUCGACCGUUUCUUAGGAAUGGAAAGGCAGCAGCAGAAGAGAUUCCCAAAUAUUCAGCUGACUGGAAGGUACGGACCAGACACCUGCUGCCAAAGGGGAGAAACAUCGCCGCUCUGAUGAUCAAGACCCUGGUGCGGAUGAAGAGGAUGCCGGGCUCCCUGUGUUUCCAGUUCCUGCUGCCUGUCAUCCAGAUCGCCCUCAUCUGUCUGUGUGUGGGAGCAGAUCCAAAGGGAAUCGAUGUCGCAGUCGUCAACAACGACACCUCGCAGAAUUCUUUCAGCCUCAGUCUGCUCUCCUUUCUGGACAACGCCAGUGUUCACCAGGUGCCUUUGUCUCACGAUGAGGCCUUUGAUGGGAUCAAUAACGGAGAAUACUGGGGCGUCAUUGGCUUCGGGAAGAACUUCACCAGCUAUUUGACAAAAAGGGCAACACAGCGAAUAGUUACCAAAGAAGUGGUUGAUGGAGGAUCAGUGCACGUCUGGUUGGACCUGACAAAUCAACUGAGUGCCAUAAUGCUGCAAAAGAAGCUUCACGAGGCGUUUGCGGCUUUUAUGGAGAAUAAAUUGGGCAGCAUGUCCUACCUGGCCUCACUGCCAAUCAAGUUUGAGGAGCCCAUCUUUGGAAGUCUGAACAUGGACUUCACUACAUUUGUGACCCCAGGAGCUAUUCUCAGCAUCACAUUUUACCUGGCCGUGGGGCUGACAGCUCUGUCCUUUGUCCUGGAGAGGAAGGAAGGACUUCUGGACCGAUGCUGGGUCGCAGGUGUGAGCUCCAUGGAGACGAUGCUGGCUCAUCUCUUCUCUCAGCUGUUGGUCAUCAGCGUCCAGAUCCUCCUGCUGCUCCUCUUCAUUCUGCUCGUCUUUGAGAUGCCAAACAAAGGCUCCCUGGUUCUGGUCAUCGUCCUCAUCGUCCUCCAGGGCAUCACCGGCAUCUCCUUCGGCCUCGUCAUCUCCGCUGCCCUCGACGACGAACAGAGCGCCAACCAAACUGCCCUGGGCGUCUUCUACCCAAACCUCAUCAUCAGCGGGAUCAUCUGGCCCGUGGAGUGUAUCCCGUAUCCUCUGCGUUACCUCAGCCUGGCUCUGCCUCAGACUUACGCCUCGGAGGCUCUGCGCUGCAUAAUGUACCGAGGUUGGGGCUUGUCUCGGAUGAUGGUGUGGCGAGGCUUCGCCGUCACCCUGGGAUGGAACACCUUCUUCCUGGUCUUGGCCACGGUCAUCUUGAAGCUGAGGACGUGAGUCUCCGUCCUGCAGAGACAAAUGCCGUCUCAACCUGGACCCUCUGUCUGUGGACCCUCUGAUCACCUGGA